UCGGAGGUUGCAUAACCCGGUCGAGCGGAUCCAGUGGAACCACUACCAGCUGAAAGGGGAGUAACUGCCCUCGUGCGUUGUUAGGGAAUAGAAUAGGAGCAGAAUAGAGAAGCAGCAGAGAUAUUUCGACUGAAACCUAAGUGGAAGCGCCAUGCCGUCGAUCGCUGCUAACAAUACAGCCGUUAAAGCGGAGAAAGUUCCGGCUUUAGACCUUCCGGAAUCUUUCAGAUCCGCCACUGUUGUUAUCGAGAAGAAAUGCAGAAACCUAGAAAAACGCAAGAUUAAGCUUGAUGGGUAUCGGGAAGAAUUGGCUAGAGGAAAGGGCUUGUCUGAUGAACAACAACGUGCUACUGAUCGUUAUGAUGAAGUGGUUGCCAACUUGGAAUUGACCAAGGAGUUCCUGACAGCUUUCGAGAAAAUAGGGAUUGAAACUAGCAAAGAAGAAAAGAAAAGGAAGAAGAAAGAAAUCUUUGAGAAGCAGCAGCAUGAAUUGGCGCGCUUCAAAGAGCUUUUUAUCAUCCAAGAAGUUUUCAGUUGCUUGUGUUCACCUGCAGCACGGGAAGAUUUUGUGAAUGGAUUCCAUGGUGCACCCCAACUUAGUGAAUCUGAUCUCCAGAAACUUGAUACUUUCUACAGCUUAGUAUCCAUUGAUCGUCAAAAUCUUCCAAAGACAUUCAAUGAUGCAGUCCUGGGUUCAGCUGCUCAUUUUCAGCACCUUAUGGAGGGUAGGAACAAAGAAGUAGCAGGUAGCACCUAUCGUGAGAUUAAGGACCUCGUCUUCAGUAUUAUCAACAAUGGCUACUUUGAUUGGAAGGCCCCACCAGAAGUUGAGCCUGAGCCUGUAGAACCUGAAGUAGUAGAACCGAUUGUAGAGCGGACAGAAGCUUUCCAAACCACUCACAUGGAGCCGGUUUACCAGAGCCUCCCUGAUGAGCCAACCUACGUUGAACCUGGAAUGGAGUAUAUUGAACCACAAGUUUCAUUGCCCAUUCAGCCACAGAUUGUCCCACAAGCCGCGGCAUAUUUCCCCGUCGAUAUAGAUACGGAUUUCAAUUUUAUCCAAGAAUCAAUGAUCGACGCUAAACCUGUUUUACCGACAAUUCCUGCAUCUGUUCCCAUGCCUCUACAAACCGCUCCACAUGUUCCUGUUUCCCUUGCGUCGAUGGACUCCGCAGUAGUAAUGGUCCACUCUCAGAUGCCACAUUCUCAGAUGCCACAUCUGGCGUAUCCUCACUAUGCAGCUUCAAUGUACGCUGCCCAUGCUGCACCUCUUGUGCCUGGUCCACCGUCUAUGCAGCUGCCUACUUCCACGCAGCACCAACAACAGCCACCUCCCCAGCAAAUCCAUCAGCAACCGGAACAACCCUCGAAUGAUCUCCCUUGUGAACCCGUUAUCCAUGAAAGUCCAACUGCUCCCACCACUCAGGUUGAAACACAAGACAAUCGGGCGGCAACAAGUUCGACAUGGGCCGAAGAGCCCCAAGAAGAUAUCCCGGUUUUCCAACAAGACCAGAGUCGUAACGAGUCCAAUACUUGGACGAAUUCCAGUUACCGUUCCAAUGACCAAGAUGGACGUCGCGGAGGCUACCGUGGACGUGGGAACGGUGGGCCAAGAGGGGGAUCACGUGGAGGAUCUGGCUAUUACAAUAACUCCAGAGGUGGAUACAAUGAUCGUCAAGGCAAUGGUGAAAGGACGUACCAAAACAGCGAUCGUCAUCAGGGCAACGGAGGAGAUCGCAACGGAAUGGAUCGUGGUUCUUACAACCAGGGUGGCGAUCGUUCUUACCAAAGCAACAACGGCGGAGGUCGCUAUCAAGGCAACAAUGGCGAGCGUAAUUACCAGGGCUCUUACCGAUCAUCUGGCGGUGACAGAGGAGGCAAUUCAUAUGCGCCACGAGGAAACAGCGGUGGUUACCGUGGUGGUCAACCCCGAGGUGCUUCGAGAGGAUCAUCUCGAGGUGGUGGCAAUUACGACGGCAGAAACGCAUCGUAUAAAGAAUAAAGAAGAGGGGAACGCUGUCAAACCAGAAUCAUCCCAUUAUGUUCUGAAAUAGAAGUUCAAAUGCCG